CCUAGCCGCUCAGUGUGAACAAUAACCGCUUCGUAUACCUGCCACACACACCUGCCACAUACACCUGCCACUUACACCUGCCACUUACACCUGCAAACUCUACAGGUAAAUUGGUAGUUUUGUUUAAAAAUCACUUUCAUUCCUAUUUUUUAAUGUCCAGAUUCGGAAACCAACCCUUCAGAUGUGCUACCCGCACUUUCGGAGCUAACGCCCUCUCAAGCUGCAGCUAAAGAAAAAGAGACAGACUUCAAGCGAAGAGUGUCAUCACAUUCAUCUAACUCUGCUUCCUUACGACGUGUCUGGUCAUCAUAAUUUGGGAUAGCAGUAAAUAUCUUUUGGAGAAUGUGUCUAGUGAUAAUGAUCUUUUGGAGAAUUGUCUAGUGGUAAUGAUCUAUUGGAGAAUGUGUCUAGUGGUAAUGAUCUUUUGGAGAUUGUGUCUAGUGAUUUGAUCUUUUGGAGAUUGUGUCUAGUGGUAAUGAUCUAUUGGAGAAUGUGUCUAGUGGUAAUGAUCUUUUGGAGAUUGUUUCUAGUGAUUUGACCUUUUGGAGAUUGUGUCUAGUGGUAAUGAUCUAUUGGAGAAUGUGUCUAGUGGUAAUGAUCUAUUGCAGAUUGUGUCUAGUGGUAAUGAUCUCUUGGAGAUUGUGUCUAGUGGUAAUGAUCUAUUGCAGAUUGUGUCUAGUGGUAAUGAUGUUUUGGAGAUUGUGUCUAGUGGUAAUGAUCUAUUGGAGAAUGUGUCUAGUGGUAAUGAUCUAUUGGAGAUUGUGUCUAGUGGUAAUGAUGUUUUGGAGAUUUUGUCUGGUGGUAAUGAUCUAUUGGAGAAUGUGUCUAGUGGUAAUGAUCUUUUGGAGAUUGUGUCUAGUGGUAAUGAUCUAUUGGAGAAUGUGUCUAGUGAUAAUGAUCUUUUGGAGAAUUGUCUAGUGGUAAUGAUCUAUUGGAGAUUGUGUCUAGUGGUAAUGAUCUAUUGGAGGAUGUGUUUAGUGCUAAUGAUCUAUUGGAGAUUGUGUCUAGUGGUAAUGAUGUUUUGGAGAUUUUGUCUAGUGGUAAUGAUCUAUUGGAGAAUGUGUCUAGUGGUAAUGAUCUAUUGGAGAUUGUGUCUAUUGGUAAUGAUCUAUUGGAGAAUGUGUCUAGUGAUAAUGAUCUUUUGGAGAAUUGUCUAGUGGUAAUGAUCUAUUGGAGAUUGUGUCUAUUGGUAAUGAUCUAUUGGAGAUUGUGUCUAGUGGUAAUGAUCUAUUGGAGAUUGUGUCUAGUGAUAAUGAUCUUUUGGAGAAUGUGUCUAGUGGUAAUGAUCUAUUGGAGAUUGUUUCUAGUGGUAAUGAUCUAUUGGAGAAUGUGUCUAGUGGUAAUGAUCUUUUGGAGAUUUUUUCUAGUGGUAAUGACCUAUUGGAGAAUGUGUCUAGUGGUAAUAAUCUAUUGGAGAUUGUGUCUAGUGGUAAUGAUCUCUUGGAGAUUGUGUCUAGUGGUAAUGAUCUAUUGCAGAUUGUGUCUAGUGGUAAUGAUGUUUUGGAGAUUGUGUCUAGUGGUAAUGAUCUAUUGGAGAAUGUGUCUAGUGGUAAUGAUCUAUUGGAGAUUGUGUCUAGUGGUAAUGAUGUUUUGGAGAUUUUGUCUGGUGGUAAUGAUCUAUUGGAGAAUGUGUCUAGUGGUAAUGAUCUUUUGGAGAUUGUGUCUAGUGGUAAUGAUCUAUUGGAGAAUGUGUCUAGUGAUAAUGAUCUUUUGGAGAAUUGUCUAGUGGUAAUGAUCUAUUGGAGAUUGUGUCUAGUGGUAAUGAUCUAUUGGAGAAUGCGUCUAGUGGUAAUGAUCUCUUGGAGAUUGUGUCUAGUGGUAAUGAUCUAUUGCAGAUUGUGUCUAGUGGUAAUGAUCUCUUGGAGAUUGUGUCUAGUGGUAAUGAUCUAUUGGAGAUUGUGUCUAGUGGAAAUGAUAUUUUGGAGAUUGUGUCUAGUGGUAAUGAUCUAUUGGAGAAUGUGUCUCGUGGUAAUGAUCUAUUGGAGAUUGUGUCUAGUGGUAAUGAUCUAUUGUAGAUUGUGUCUAGUGGUAAUGAUCUUUUGGAGAAUGUGUCUAGUGGUAAUGAUCUAUUUUUGAGUCAUCAGCGUAAUGAUCGAUUUUAAAUGAAUUUAAUUUAAACAAUCGCAAACUUUCUUCGCUCGUGCAAGAUUUACGCUCGUGCAAGAUUUACAGUUAGUGGUCCAUGGGAAGAUAUCCUACUUUCCCUGGUACGUGGUCCAUGGGAAGAUAUUCCACUUUGCCUGGUACCUGGUCCAUGGGAAGAUAUUCCACUUUGCCUGGGCCCUGGUCCAUGGGAAGAUAUCCCACUUUGCCUUUUACCUGGUCCAUGGGAAGAUAUCCCACUUUGCCUGGUACGUGGUCCAUGUGAAGAUAUCCCACUUUACCUGGUACCUCGUUCAUGGGAGGAUAUCCCACUUUGCCUGAGCCUUUUUUAAAUUUUAUGAGCUAAAUAUAAUUUCUGUAUGCGUUCCUAUACCAUUUAUCCAAUUCGAUAAAACUUUGGUGAGUUGUUGUGGCGCACGCCUGCAAACGGUUUCUGAAUCAGGUUAUCAGUUUUGAAACAUUCCUUUUGGAGCCAGGGGCCCUAAACAGUGCCGUCUCAAGGCAUAACUUUGAGGGGGCACCACGUUUCUAGGAGACUCCCUCUUAUAGAGUCAUCAUGCUUUACAUAUUUUUUAAUGAAUAUAGAAAGAUUUUGAUAAUUUAAUUGGAUUUAAAAUUCCCAAUUUACCAAUUUUAACCCACGAUAUAUAUAGCAGCACAUUCCAAAAUUAAUAUUAUAAAUUCGAAUCGAAGUUGGACAAUUUUAAAACUUUUAAAGGCAAAUAACUCUCGUCGACAAGUUUUACUUUUCCCAGAUACGAAUCGAAAAAAUUAAGGGGUCGUUCGCAAAUUACGUCACGCUAAAAAUGACCUUUUUAGACCCCCCUCCCCCUGUCACAAAGUGUCACAAAUUAUUUAUAUCUCCCCAGUGUCGCAUCAUACCAAAAAAAAAAAUGAAAACAUGCAUAAAAUGUACAUUACUAAACUAAGAUUUUUGUUUUAUUCUUAAACAUUUGCCCAUAAUGGCUUAACAUGGGAUAUUAUUUUUAAACUGUGACGCAAAACAACGAAGACAUCCACAAGACGAAUGUAAAAUGGCCACAAAAGUUUUUGAGUCAUUUUUUCGAUAUGCGCAGAAGGCGUGCACGACGGAUGUUCACGGUACCUAAAAUAACAGAGGUUAUUUCGACCUCAAAUUAAUGUUUUAUAAUGAAUUGAAGAAAGAUUUUUUAAAAUUAGAACAUUUUAGAUAUUAAAAAAAAGAGAUUUUUUUUUAAAUCGUGACGUCACAAAUUUUUUACCCCCACCCCCUCCCCUGUAACAAAUUGUCACAAAUUCUCGAACUGGCUUUCACUUAUGUGCAUGGAAAAUGACAUCCUUAAGACCAUUGACUUUAAACCAAUAUUAAAACGAUUAUCUGCAAAAAAAAAUACGCAAAUGAUUAUGUUGAUUUAUGUUCAAUAAUUUAUUUUAUCUAUUUGUCAUUACUGAUAAUUUAUCAUCCUCUGUGAUUAUUUAAAGUUUAUUACUGAUAAUGUUUUUUAACUAUUAUCGAUUUUGAAUACUUUUUUUUAUAAUCAAUCAAUUGAAUUCAUCGAAAUUUAACUUUGUUGAAUGUUUAUUUUGAAUUUUACAAUUUUAUUCCUCUUGGUGAUUUGAUGGGUAGCAGGAACUGUUUGCCCCAUCCCCAAUUUUUUAAGCAUGGGGCGAGUGACCCCCCCCCCCUUCUCACGGCCCAGGGGUGUUGUGUUUCUAGGGGGCCCCAGAGCAUUGCUGUGCCCAGUGCCUACUAUGUUGUUAAGAUGGCUUUGGCCCUACAUUAUUGUUUUCUUAUAUGAGCUAUGCAAAUACAAUUUCAAACAGAGCUAUUGCAUGGGUGGGUGGAACUGAAUCAAAUACAAGCGACAUUUCAGUUUGUGUGUGACAUAAUAAGUAGGUUUCUGAAUUGGCAAAACCAUUUUACAAUUUUGCGUAUGAGGCCUGGUGCCUUUUCUUUUUUUUUAUGUGAGCUAUAUAAAUAAAAAUUUUAACAGAGGCUACUGCAUGGGUGGAUCAAUCGGUGAAAUUAAUUUUGAACAUCCGUGCUUCUCACGUGGAGAGCAGGCCGCUUACGAGUCGAAAAAUCCUUUAAUUUAUUUGUGUACGCAUGAAACGAAACAAAAACACACACAAAAAAUAUUUUCUAUUUAAAAACUACCUCCAAAACGUAAUUAAAACAAAACCACUUUUGUCUUUGAGUGGCAUUGCAACGCGUGCCGGGUUCUUGCUAGUAUUAAAUAUUCUGAUGUCCCAACAACUAUUUUUUUACACCAUACUAAAAUUGGGACGAUUUUGUGGGCCACUCACUAUGAUGUUAGCCCACCCAUAGGUGGGGGCCACUCACUAUCAUGUUAGCCCACCCAUAGGUGGGGGCCACUCACUAUGAUGUUAGUCCACCCAUAGGUGGGGGCCACUCACUAUCAUGUUAGCCCACCCAUAGGUGGGGGCCACUGACUGUGAUGUUAGCCCACCCAUAGGUGGGGGCCACUCACUAUGAUGUUAGCCCCCCCAUAGGUGGGGGCCACUCACUAUGAUGUUAGUCCACCCAUAGGUGCGGGCCACUCACUAUGAUGUUCGUCCACCCAUAGGUGGGGGCCACUCACUAUCAUGUUAGUCCACCCAUAGGUGGGUCCCACUCACUAUGAUGUUAGUCCACCCAUAGGUAGGGGCCACUCACUAUGAUGUUAGUCUACCCAUAGGUGGGGGCCACUCACUAUCAUGUUAGCCCACCCUUAGGUGGGGGCCACUCACUAUGAUGUUAGCCCACCCAUAGGUGGGGGCAACUCACUAUGAUGUUAGCCCACCCAUAGGUGGGGGCCACUCACUAUGAUGUUAGUCCACCCAUAGGUUGGGGCCACUCACUAUGAUGUUAGCCCACCCAUAGGUGGGGGCCACUCACUAUGAUGUUAGCCCACCCAUAGGUGGGGGCCACUCACUAUAAUGGUAGCCCACCCAUAGGUGGGGGCCACUCACUAUCAUGUUCGCCCACCCAUAGGUGGGGACCACUCACUAUGAUGUUAGCCCACCCAUAGGUGGGGGCCACUCACUAUGAUGUUGGCUCACCCAUAGGUGGGAGCCACUCAAUAUGAUGUUAGCCCACCCAUAGGUGGGGGCCACUAACUAUGAUGUUAGCCCACCCAUAGGUGGGGUCGCUUGUUUAAAGGGCAGCUCUAACAUGGGACGUUGAUUAAUUUCUCCUCUGCAGGUUCUCAGACAUGGACCCCACAACACAGCCAGGGGCGGCCUCCAGUCCUUCUUUAGUAGAUGCCUUAAAAUGUCUCAGAGGUUUUUCCGAUACCAUAGUCGGGGUCCUAUUCGGCCCACUGCGUCUGCGACCAGAAACUGAUGAAACGGCCAAAAAUAUUUUCCGCCUGCUUAACAUUUUUGGAAUACUCGAUACCGACAUCGCGAAAAUCUCAGUUCACCCAAAAUCUGAUUAUGUAAGAAUCGACUUCAAGUCGGCAGAGAUGGCGGACUUCGUUGUCAUGGUAAGAAACAUCAACAAAAAUUCUGUUGCUUUCUUUUCGGGGGAGGGGGGCAGGUUGUAAAAUUACCUUUUUAUACAUUUGCAUUUUGAAAUAUAGCUUUUCCUCCAACCACAUGUAAUAAAAAUUGUCAAAAUGUCUAAAGGACGCCGUGGGGAGAUUACAUUAGUAAGCAACCACGCUGUGUGGGGGGGGGAUUGCAUUAAUAAGCAACCAUCCUGUGGUGAUUACAUUGGUAAGCAACCUUCCUGCGUGUUGAUUACAUUUGGUAAGCAACCUUCUUUUUGGGGUAAUUACAUUAGUAAGCAACCAUCCUGUGUGGUGAUUACAUUGGUUAGCAACCUUCCUGUGAGGUGAUUACAUUAGUAAACAACUAUCCUGUGUGUUAAUUACAUUUGGUAAGCAACCCUCCUGUGCGGUGAUUACAUUAGUGAGCAACCAUCCUGUGUGGUGAUUACAUUAGUAAGCAACCAUCCUGUGUGCUGAUUACAUUGGUAAGCAACCAUCCUGUGCGGUGAUUACAUUAGUAAGCAACCAUCCUGCCACAGACUUUGUUGACAAUAGGUUUUUUUCAAUUUAAAAAAAAAAUAUUACUGCGGCUCCUGGCCCCCUGAAACAUUUGCAAAGAAGCCAUAAUUGGAAAGUCAUAAAGGUUGAGGUCGUGGCCCAGUUAAUUUCACUUUCUUAACUUCCUACCAGGCAGUCAAGGAGAAGAGUGCAGUUAAGAGAGUCUACAAUUUUACGCGGCUCUCGGACUCACCUGACAAACUGCAAGCAGUCCAGCUGUUAGACGCCACAAAGGUAAAAUUGUAGUCCGUUUUCGGGGGUUGGGGGGGGGGGGCUGUUACAGUAAAAUCUUCAAAUGAUUUUAUUUAAAAUAAUCACUUAAGGCAUGGCAAUAACUUUUUUUUACUACGAAAUUAUUUUAGUGAAAAUAUUAGCGCACCCCAGUGCAUUGUUUUAAAAGCACCACCCCCCCCCCAAGUGCAGUGUUUAAAAGCACCCCCUAGUGCAGUAUUUAAACGCGCCCCCCUCCCAGUGUAGUGUUUAAAAACGCCGCCUACUGGAGUGUUUGAAAGCACCCCCACCCCUCUUUUUAGUGCAGAGUUUAAAAGCGCACACCGGCGCCAUGCGCUAAACUUUCCUACUGAUGACACACUUCAGUUUCAGGAGCUGAGGGACAUCGCUAAGCUGUUUGCCGACACCGCGCCCGCAGGUGCCCCCUCACCGUCUGUGAACCUGGUGACCUACUCCCCAGUGGACGAGGACGUCUUGUGUGUCGUGAAAAGCUGGAGGAGGCGGAGCCAAGAAGCGGUCCCCGCGGGGACGACGGCGGCGGCGACCGAAAGAGUCUUCGAGCUGAUGCCGCUGUCCCUGGGUGUGGACACCUUAGACGUCACCAUGCCGCUGGACAUGCCCGAGAUCAUCAUGGACAUCGCGCAGCCCUCGGUGUGCAACAACCCAUCCAAGAAAGACGAAUCGAUGAGCACCGUCAAGCUGCCCCAUCCUUUCUGGCAGGGACCCCCGUUCUACCUGUUUCACGGUCGGGUGCAUCUCCAGCACGCAUGCAACGUUUACGACAACAAAGUGAGAAUUAACGCGACCAGUUGGGAGAGGUCCAUCAAGUAGGUCUUGUCUUGUCGUUCUGUCUGGGAGAGAUCCAUCAAGUAGGUCUUGUCUUGUCCUGCUGUUUGGGAGAGGUCCAUAAAGUGGGUCUUGUCUUGUGCUGUUUGGGAGAGGUCCAACAGGUAGGUCUUGACUUGACGUUCUGUCUGGGAGAGGUCCAACAAGUAGGUCUUGUCUUGUCGUUCUGUCUGGGAGAGGUCCAUCAAGUAGGUCUUGUCUUGUCGUGCUUCUGGGAGAGAUCCAUGAAGUAGGUCUUGUCUUGUCGUUCUGUCUGGGAGUGAUCCAUCAAGAAGGUCUUGUCCUGCGAUCUGGGAGAGGUCCAUCAAGUAGGUCUUGUCUUGUCGUGCUGUCUGGAAGAGAUCCAACAAGCAGUUCUUGUCCUGUCGUACUGUUUGGAAGAGGUCAAUCAAGAAGGUCUUGUCUUGUCAUGCUGUUUUCAGGGUGGGGUGUGGUGGGAGGGGCAAAACUAUAUGGAAGGUCGCACAUAUGCAUCACCUGAAUUAAAGCAGUAACAUUGUUUCAUGAUAACUUUUGGGGACAUAUCCUGUCAAAUGAACUAAAAAUGGGAACAUAAUAUCUUGUCAAAUGAACUUAGAUUGAGGACAUCAUGUCAAAUGAACAAAGAUGACUAUUGCAUAGGUAGGAUGGAUAUGUUUAUCAAUACAUUGUGAAGUCAUGGGCAGCACAAGGAAAAUAUUACGUCACUGCUUGCAGUAGACAAAUGUUUCAUCAUGCUUGCAGUAGGAAAGUAUUACACUACUUGGAGGCCGUUAGGGUCUUUCUUUUAGUAAAAAAAUCUCUGUUUUCAAAGUCGAACAUUUCAUUUUUUUUUUAAUUUUCGAUUGCUCUAGCUCAGGCUCUAACACCUUCCUAUAAUCGAAUUUUUAAAAUCUACAUACCCCCAUUAUUUCCGCUUUCUAAAGUCAAUUAUCUGAGAGUUUGCAACAACAAAAAAACAACAACAAAUACAUUCUCUCCUGACGACUUUUCACUCCAUUAUUGUAUUUCAUCAUUUCGUUUUCACAACAUGAAUAUUUGACUUGAUCAACUCUCUCCAUUCACUAACUUGAUUUCUUCAUGCUUUCACCUCCUUGAUUGAUCCACUCUCUUUAUCCACUAACUUGAUUUCUUCAUGCGUUCACCUGCUUGACUUGAUCCACUCUCUUUAUCCACUAACUUGAUUUCUUCAUGCUUUCACCUGCUUGACUUGAUCCACUCUCUUUAUCCACUAACUAAACAGUUCAGAAAUAGAAUAACCAUGAUGUUUUCGAAAGAAUUUGUGUGUGUCACCUUUCAGCGACAUCGCUUACAUGCUGGCCGUCCACGUGACUUGUAUGGCUAACAGGCGUGACGGUGGAUCAAUCUUCCUAGGCGUGACUGCAGGUGGGCUGGCCGAGGGGUUUAUUAUCCCGUCCAAUGUCGUGGACAAGCUAAAACUCGAAAUUGAUAACCAAAUGUCGAACACCAUCAGACCGAUGCUUCUGCCGUACAGCUACAAGAUCAACUACGUCAAGGUCAUCGGGAACGCGGACCGCGACAAGACAUACGGUACGGUGAUAGAGGUCCACGUGGAUGUUGGAGCAAAUAGUACCGUCCAGUACAGGUAUAACAACAAGGUGUGCAUCUACGAUGAAAAGUUAAAGAAAGUUUUUUUCAUACUUCCGACCGAUAAGGAUGACAGGGUCCGUUGGUAAAAGAGAAAGAGUGAGAACAGGGGCUGCAGGGACAGUCGGAGGGACAGUUGACGUCCCAGUCGGAGGGACAGUUGAUGUCCCGUUCGGAGGGACAGUGGAUGUCCCAGUCGGAGGGAUAGUUGGUGUCCCAGCAAGAGCGUUAGUUGAUGUCCCAGUUCGGGUUGAUAGUUGAUGUCCAUGUCGGACAGAUAGUUGAUGUCCAUGUCGGACAAUUGAUGUUCCAGUCAGAAGGAUUGAUAUCUCAGCCGGGGGGAUAGUUGAUGUCCCAGUUGGAGGGAUGGUUGAUGUCCAAGUCGGAAAGACAGUUGAUGUCCCAGUUGGAGGGAUAGUUGAUGUAGCAGUGAACAUCGUUUCAUUCAUUGUGAGCGCCCCCCCUCCGGGUUGACUAGGUUUUAAUCAAUUGUUUGCCACAGUCAACUCUUCUUCAUAAAAUGCCGGGCCGCCUUUCAUUUAAAACCACAAACCAGGCGUAAACAGAGUGAAACUACCGGAUUACGCAGAGUGGAGCUACAGGUGUACGCAGAGUGGAGCUACAGGUGUACGCAGAGUGGAGCUACAGGUAACACAUAGUCGAACUCUGCAGCUGAAUUCAGAGACUGUUUCAUAAAUCUAUAUUGCUACCCAUAAAAACUAGAUGUUACACUAUUAGACACUAGAUAUUACACUGUUAUACACUAGAUAUUACACUGUUGGACACUAGAUGGUAUACGCUGGAUGUUAUAAACGUGUAAAGACACUAGAUGUUGGACUACAGAUGUUAGACACAAGAUUCUAGACACUAUAUGCUAGACACAAGAUGUUAGACACUGACUGUUUCAUGACCAAAUAAAAGCACUUGAGCUGGC